GUGCUGGGAUUACAGGUGUGAGCCAUCGUGCUCGGCCUAUUGUUAACUUUUUAGAUAUGCUAACAGUAUCAUGGCUAAGUUUGAAAGAGAUAACGUUUUUCUUUUUUAGGGAUACAAAUGGAACUAUGUACCGUUAGAUGAAUGGUACGAAAUCUAGAAUUUGCUUUAAAAUAAUAGAAGAGGGGAUGGAGGGAUGGGUUGAGGUAUUCAUAAAGCAAGAUUAGCCAUGAGCUAAUAAUUGUUCAAAGUGGUCCAUGGGCUCAUGGUAGUUUGAUAUUUUCCAUAAUAGAAAAGUUUAAAAACAUUCAUUGGCCAAUGUAUCUGUCCAUUUCUUUUAAUAGUAAAAACAUUAUUAUUAGUAGUAUUAUAUUAAUAUGAAGUUUCACUUCGUGGAUUCACCCAGUCCCUUUCAUGAGAGAUGUGGAGGUUGGCCUUGGCUGUUAGGGAACGUAGAUUCUAAUCCAUUCACCAGCCCAGUGAUUUGGGAACUUCAGCUCUCUGGGUCUCCCUGUACUCCUUUGGAAAAUGAGAGACGAGAGACGAAGUUGACUGCUGCAGUGACUAAGAGAUUUGGGUCCUGCAGUCUGACUAUCUGGGUUGGAAUCGAGUUUCCCCAUAGGUACCCUUGGGUAAAUUUACUUUAUCCCUCAGGGUUUCAUCUUCCUGUUUUGUAAAAUGUAAAUAACAAUAACACUGACCUCGAAGUGUUGUUGUGAAGAUUACAUAAAUGAUUUCGUGCAUUCAUUCCAUCAACAUUGAACAGCUAGUCUCCAGCUCUGGGAGGGGAAUGCGAUGGAGUGGCAAAGAAAAUACAGGGGCCAGUCUGUGUAGCGCCUAAAGGGAGACCCCAGAGCACCCAUGGUAAACACGAAAUAAGAUGCAGUAUUUCAAACAGCUAGAACUGAGACGAAAACACAACGCAGCAAUUUGAUGGAGAGCAACUUCGAGAAAGGUGAGCUGCAACAUUAACUAGGCUGAUCUGGGACAGCGUGGCGGAGGUGACAUCUGAGCCCCACCUGACUUAGAGGACGUCAGCUAUGGAUAAUCCGGGUUUCCAUACGCAGCAGCGGUUCUCAAGCCAGACCCGGCCCAUGCCUCAGCGCGGCCGCAGUGACUCCUCCUGGCCAGCAGAGGGCGCUAGCAGACACUUGGCCACCGGCCGCCUGGGGCGGGCCUCCUCUUGCCGUCCCCUUCCUCGUCUUUUCCCCUCAGGAGAAGUCGGGAAGGUGGAGGCGGCGGCGGCGGUUGUCCCGGCCGCGCCGGUUGGUGUGUCCCGUCAGCCCGCGUACCGCAGCGCCCGCGCCGCGUCGAGCCCAGUACAGCCGAGCCGCUGCGGCCGGGUCCGGCCGCGAAGCGGAAGCAGGAGGAGAAGCACCUGA